AUGGAUGAAUUACAACAAAAUAUAAAAGGAGCUACGCUAACGGAGUUUAGUACUGUCUAUCCAACUUCUCCGAUUCGACCACAAGAACAAUGGAUAUCGUCGAGAUCGCUAGUCCUGACUGUUGCCUGCAGGCAACGUGUACGACGGCGCACGCAUAUCCCUCAAACGCCCAAUAAUAAAGAGCCUAGGGGAAGAUCGAGAGCUCUGGAUCUUGAGUAUAAAAAAUUCAGUCAAGGGCAAGGCGACGCAAUGCAAUACAAUAUGGUACAUGCACAUGCAAUGCGCAGCUACCUACCCCCCCCCAAAUCAUCGGUGAACGAAACUGUGGCAUCUACAACCACUGUACGACGAGUACGUGGUUAUUACGGCUGA